AUGGGUAAGAAAAAAAGCAGCACUGACAAGGUGGCCAAGGCGCACCGACAGGAAGUCAAGAAAGCCAAACAGAGCGCGAAGGGUGCAAAAAAAGAUCGCAAGGCUUUAGGUACAGAUGAAGGUGACAUUGAACUCAUAUUGCAAGAAUUUCGCAAGAAAGAUGCCGAGCGGACUCAAGUGAUCAUCGAGGCAGUGCAACAGCCGACACCUCGAGCAAAUUUUACACUCUCUGCACUACCUUCAGGCGACAUGUUACUAUUUGGUGGUGAGUAUUUCGAUGGUGACGUUAAUGAGUGUUACAAUGAUGUAUUUAAGUGGAAUCUGGACGCAAAACAGUUGGACAUAACUGAUGGAAUCGCAUUGAACGAUGAGACAGAAAUGGUUCGAGAGACUGCGUGGAAAAGUAUAAGCUCACCAAAUACGCCACCGCCACGAUGUAGUCAUCAGUCAGCAGUAUACCGAGAACAUUUAUACGUUUUUGGAGGGGAAUUUGCUACUGCGGACCAAUUUCAUCACUAUCGAGAUUUAUGGCGAUUAAAUCUUAAGACUAAUGCAUGGGAAGAACUUGAAGUGAAAGGGGGACCAUCACCUCGAAGUGGACAUCGGAUGGUGGUCUGGAGGAACUUUUUGGUCGUGUUUGGAGGUUUUUACGAAGCAGCUCGCGAGACCAAGUGGUUUAACGAUCUUUAUCUUUUUAAUCUAGUGGAGCUCAAGUGGCAAAAAAUAGUUUAUGCUCCCCAUCGACAAGUACCGGCUGAACGAAGUGGUUGUCAAUUGGCUGUCCAUCCAUCAAAAGAUCUCAUAUUUCUUUACGGUGGUUAUGCAAAAGUUAAGAAUGCUGGGGAAAAAGCCGAAGGUAAAGUGUAUUCAGAUCUCUGGGCUUUGAACUUGACUCCAACAUUAAAACGACAAUCACCAACAUGGGAAAAACUCUCGCGAAAAGGUCAGGCACCAAGUCCACGAAGUGGUGCUGCAGUGACAGUACAUAAACAGCGGUUUAUUCUAUUUGGAGGUGUUUUUGAUGAGGAGAAGCGGCGCCAUACUAUCGAAUCCACGUUUUACAACGAUCUGUUUGUAUAUGACAUGGAUCGAAGACGUUGGUUUGAGUUUAAUUUACGUGGGAAGAAGACUGAUGGAAAACGUCGACGAAAGAAGAAAGACAAAAUGUUGGAAGGUCAUGAAAGUGACAGUGAAAAAGAAGAGGUAAAAGACUUUGAUGCGAUGUUAGAAAAACAGUUUGGGUAUGUGGAUGACGAGGGAAAUAUUGUGUACAUUGAAGAUGCUCAUGAGGAAACCAAGGAAGAUGAAGAGAAAGAUGAGUGCCAACACUUUGACCAAUCAUUUGUAAGUGAAGCUGAAGAGAAAAAAGAGGAGGAAGAAGAAUUCAUUGUGGGGGAGGAGAGCAAAAUGGUCGAUGAGUUGAAUAUUCCAGCCCCAUGUCCACGCAUAAAUCCAGCUCUGAUGAUCCGCGGGAGUACACUUUACGUUUAUGGUGGUGUUGUUGAAGAUGGUGAUCGAGAAAUUACUUUGGAUGAUUGUUGGUCUUUGGAUCUAAAGCGACUUGAUGAGUGGAAAAAGGUGCUGCCUGGCACAAUGUCGCUGCAGAUUUGGAAAGGUGAAGUAAGCGAGACUGAGGAAUCUUCUGAUGAUGACGAUGAUGACGAAGAUGAAGUUAGUGAAGAUGAAGAGAAUGAAGAGAAUGAAGAGUUUUGUGAAGAAAAGGAGAAGACAAAAGCAGUGGAACGAGCGAUGGCUAUAUUGAACAAAGAUGAAGACGAUGACGGAAAAUUGAAGAAAAGGUCAAAGAGUAAGCAAGUCAAGACGAAGGAAAGCCACCGUAAGUCUCUUCGUGCAGAGAUGGAAAAGUUGCAGGAGCAAUUGGGUCUGGACGAUAUUGCUCGAACACCACAGAUGGGUGAAAAUCUGCGCGACUUCUUUGCGCGUACUAACGUGACAUGGGCUACAGAAGUGAUGAAGCGUCCGAGUACCGUGGAGCAUGAACUGAAUGCGAAAGAGAUUAAACGGGAAGGAUUUCUGCUUGCCGAAACUCGUUAUAAGGAGCUGCUGCCAGAAAUGGAAAGCUUUAGUGUUUUCAAUUAA